AUGGAAAGGAUCAUGGAUGUAAUGGACGUUUCGCAAGAAUGCAGAGUAGUUUUGGCUGCAUUCUUCCUUUCUAAGAAUGCAAGGGAUGCGGUGAUUCCCUUUAGCGUCAGUUCGAUUUGGGUGGUCCCAAUCAAGGAUCAUCCAAGAAGGGUAGCUUCAACUCAGGAUCUUCUAGCAGUCGGAGUUAUGGAGGUUUUUGUGAUUGAGCUAGUUCUAGUGAGGGAUGUACUCAGAGUGUCAGUUUUGGACCUCGUUCUGGUGAUGCUACGGCUAGAGGCUCUAGGAGACAACCACAGACAGUAUACAGCGGAAGAAUGGGCCUUGUCAGCAGGGUGCAUCGGGGAGUUAUCAUUGUGGGCAGCAGGGGCAUUUUCGGAGGGAGUGCCUGAUGUUACUACAGGGGCUACACAUUCCUUUGUUGCACAUAGUUUUGCCCAUAAUGCUGAUGUGAGACUCACGGCCUUGCGUGGGGAGCUUGCUAUUUCUGUACCCAUGGGAGAUGUUUUUAUGGCUGGGGAGCAUAGAGUUCUUCCAUUUUGCCUCAUUUCAGCCAUGACGGCGAGACGGUUACUUAGAAAGGGAUGCUCAAGAUACUUGGCUCAUCUAGAAGAUCAUUUUGGAUUACCUCCUGAAUGGGAGAUGGAAUUCACUAUUGAACUCGUCCUAGGAAUAAAUCCUAUUUUUCAAGCUUCGUAUAGAAUGACACCAGCUGAAUUGAGAGAGUUGAAAACUCAGUUACAAUUGAACAAGGUCACAGUGCGGAACCGAUAUCUAUUGUCUCUCAUUGACGACUUGUUCGAUCAGUUGAAGGGUGCUAAGGUGUUUUCUAAGAUUGAUUUGAGAUCAGGCUACCAUCAGUUGCGGAUCAAGGCACACAUGAAGCACUUGAAAAUUGUGUUGAGAACCUUAAGAUGGAGACAAUUGUAUGCAAAGUUCAGCAAGUGUAUGUUCUGGCUAGACAGAAUUAGUUUCUUGGGGCACGUGAUUUCUGCUAAGGGUAUCUAUGUGGAUCCCCAAAAGGUGGAAGCAAUGGUAAACUGGCCACGACCAACUAGUGUCACUGAGGUACGAAGUUUUCUUGGGUUGGAGGGUUUCUCUACUACAGCGACACCUCCUCACUCGUUUGACAAGGAAAUGAGUUAA